AUGGCUUCGGCUCCUGGAGCCGCAGGAACAGCGGGCUGGAAAGAGGCAUUUCGCAUGCGGCUCCACGAGGCCAUGCGGAGUUCCCGACCCCUGCAUGACACCAAACCAGCUCUUGGAUACUGGAAUAGGAACCUGCACCGCCAAUAUGGCACCUGCGCGGCACCAAUACAGUGUCUGCGCAGUCGCGCCACUUCCCGGGAACAUUGCUUGGCCCUGUUCCUCUUUGUCCACGUGACUGUUGUGUUAGCACAGUUCCAGAAGGGCUCGCUUUUCGAGCCUCGCUUCCGAAGCCGACUUUCUGAAACUUCCCCCGAACUCCCGGGAAACUCCGCUCUAAUUUCCUGUUCCAACCCCAUGAUAUAUCGAAACCUCAAAGGGAAAGUUGUGAUGUGCAAGCUGAGAUUAUUCCAGUUUUGGCUGCAGGGAUAUUGGCUGUGCCUCCGGUUAUUCUGCCAAUUGCGGGAGCGAGAAAGCUUUCCACCAGUCCCCGUGGAGGACGAAAGCACAGCACGAUCAAAGGACCUGUUCCGUGGCUCUCGGCUUUUGGUGGGUCUUAUCGACCAGAACACUUUUAAGCCUCUUGGACCGGCCCGCUUUCUUUUGGAAGGGAGGGAGGGGAAACCGACUUCAGACAGCAGCCACAACUGUGAAAGUGUCUUCUACUGUGGGAAACAUUCCGACAACACAAAGUUCAGGAACGACAAAAGUCAGUGCUCCACCUACCACACCUGCCCCUUCCACACCUGGAACCAAGGCAAGUUCCGCGCCAACUUCAGUCAAGCCUGCCCAAAGCAGUGUGACAACAGAGGCGUCCAGACCAACGCCCACAUCAAAAGAUGGACACACCAAGGCCUCAAAUGCUCCAGCAUAGCGUCGCCCGCGCAAACCAGCGCGACAAAGCCCGCUACGUCAGCUCAGGGCACAACCGCUCCUGGUCGCAUCUCUUCCCCCCACUCUAGCGUAGCUGCCAUUCCGCCAUCGCAAGCAACAGACAAACCUUCACCAGCUCCUGGUUCAAAAGGGACAACGCCAUCUGUUGGGAUUUCACCUUUGGCAGCGACAAGUAUUUCUUCAGCCCAGAGGACCACUGAACUCCCCAAAGGAACAAUAGCAACAAGCUCAGCCACAACCCAAGGAUCCAGCACAACGCCUCUAGGAAGCGUUGCUGUAAACCAGAACAGAAUCACCACGGUCAGCGGACAGUCUCCUACAAGUUUGGGGGGGUCCACAAUGCAAACCACACCUGAGACAAGGCGAACGAUGACAUCCAGUUUUACAAAGGCAACUGCAAGCUCAAAACCGGAAGGAUCACCUGGAACUACAACCCACCAUGCAUAUGACAAGGGUUCCCAACACACACCCUUGAGCCCGGGGACCUCGGUUGAAACGACAGCUACCGAAGUCCACCCAACCCAGCGUGGCCCACCUUCUGGUGACCCGAGCAAUCCUUCGUGGUUUCUGACCCAGACUCAGUUCAUCUGCGAGGAAGCGAUCCCCUCAGCAAACCAGGCCGUCGUUCUGACACUCAACCAGUCCACGCCGUGUGACAGUUUGAUAAAGAGCCCCCUGGGAGAACCGCUGCUCAACACGAUCUGCAAAACUGUGAAGCCCAACUUCAAUCGAAGCCAGAACCACUGCCUGGUGAGGCUGGCCCCCGUCGCUGGCGAUCCCAGCACCCUGGCUAUCACGGGCGUGUCCGUGCAGAUAAAUGCCGUUGCCGAUGAGCUGUUUGAAUCUCUGAAAAUAAAGGAAGGAGAAUUAAAGAAGCUCGGGGUGAACGUCAGUUACGCCGGCGAGUACCCGGACAUGGACAGCGAGGACCGGUUCAGCAUGCCCUUGAUCAUCACCAUCGUCUGCAUGGCGGCGUCUCUCCUCCUUGCUGCCGCCAUCUACGGCUGUUGCCACCAGCGUAUUACCCAAAGGAAGGACCAGCAACGUCUGACGGAAGAGCUCCAAACCAUGGAGAACGGUUACCACGACAACCCCACCUUGGAGGUGAUGGAGACCUCGUCGGAGAUGCAGGAGAAGAAGGUCAACCUGAACGGGGAGCUGGGAGACAGCUGGAUCGUCCCCAUGGACAACCUAACGAAGGAGGACCUGGAGGAAGAGGAGGACACGCAUUUAUAACUGCGAAACACACCAGAGAGGAAAUGGACUUCAUACUAAGCAAAAAAUAAAAAAAGGACAACUUAAAUUGCAGCCGCAAGUGCCGACCUAGCAGGGGAGAUAGAUCGUUUUUCGUAAGAGCAGAGGGUCUCACACCGUGGCCGAAACCUUGCUUUUUUUUAAAAAAAGAAGAAAAUAGACAACUCCCACCAGCUUUCUACGCAAAAAUGUAUGUGCAUAUAUGUGUAUUUUUUCCCCAAGACAGUGCCUCUCUUUAAGCAUUAAGCAAGGCAGACAGAAUCAGGCAACUUGUAUGCAAAAUCAUCACUUUUCGAGAUCCUACGGGCCCGUACGAACCGUUCCGAGCGCACUGGGCACAGAUCGGUUAGAAAUCGUCUCGUGGUGGUCCCAAUGAAGAGGAGGAGUCCAGGCUGGGUUUUUAUUGGGGGGGGGGUCCCUUGAUGGGGGAUCACAGAGAAUGGUCUGGCAAUACCUGACGAGUUCCCCAAAGUCGGGAACGAACCGGAACGCUGUUAUUUAACAGGAUGGUGAGUCCAGAGUGCUUGAAUAUGGAGACAGUUGGGAGGGGGGGGUAGCACUAAUUAUGAUUUCCUUCCCCUCCUCCCCAACCCCAAUUCUGGGCUCCUCUUUCCACUUGAUUUUACUGCGCAACUCCCCCCUUUCAAAAUACUGGAGCGUGAACCCCAAAGUAGCCUACGGUGAGGUGGGAAUUAUUCUAGUUAUGACUGCAAGAACCAGUUUUCAUCAGCUACAAAUUGAUGCUUACCUGUGUCUGCCUAAAUGUGUCUAGACCAGCCUUUUCUGGUCUAGACACAUUUCUGUCCUUUGCCCUGUUCAUUGGAUUCGCAGAGGGGGAGAUCUCUUGGUGAUCUAUGGGCCCAUAUGAACAGUUCCGAGCGCAUUGGGCACAGAUCAGUUAGAAAUCGUGGCGUAGGAGGUUAAGAGCUCGUGUAUCUGAUCUGGAGGAACCGGGUUUGAUUCCCAGCUCUGCCGUCUGAGCUGUGGAGGCUUAUCUGGGGAAUUCAGAUUAGCCUGGGCACUCCCACACAC